CUCUCUCAAUUCUCUGUCUCACUGACGUCGUCUGAAAAAUACACGUGCUUUGAAAGCGAGAGAGGAAUGGAAAGAGAGUUUUCACAUGUUUAUGUGCUCUGACUUUCUUUCUGGGUAAAUAACAUAAACGUUCUUAUUUUGACACAAAGAAACUUAUUUCGUGGCUUUUCCACUUCUUUGUAUAUGUAAAAAAAAUAAAAAUAAAAUGUGCAACCCCCCCCUUUAUUCCCGAACAGAAAUGCAAUAAAAAAACAUAAGUCGUCGUCGUCGUGUGCGUUUUUUCUCCUUUCCUUUCCAAAACUAUAAAAUUUCUUUCUCUGUCUACGUAUGUAUGUAUAUUUGAUGAUGUGAGAGUGAGUGCGUGUGUGUGUGUUUUUUUUACACAAUACCAAUUCGAUCGUUGUUGUUGAUGGAAGCAACUAAAAUUUUUUGAUCAUUCAUUCCCUCAGAUUUUUUGUAGACAAAUGAUGAAUAUUGAAACAUUAUUACAAGCGGCCCAAAUUUUAGAAAAUCAACAAUCGAUACCGCCAAAAAAACGUCUAGCUAUUGCCAGAGGUGUAAAUUCCAGUUCAUCGUCCACAACUUCGAAUCAUCAAGACAAUAACUCAGUUGUUGUACCAAUUCAAAUUAAGAGUGAACGACUCUUAUCGACUGAUACAGAUUUAGAAAUACCUGAUAAUUUAAGAUUAAAUUUAAAUUCUUUAAAUGGUGGUUAUCAUUCAUCGAGACAAUCAUUAGAUGGAGAUAAUACAAGUAGACACAGUGUUGGAAUUGGAGGAUGUGAUGAUAAUAACAAUCAACCAAAUCAAUAUAAUGAAAAUGAAGGAAUAGGGAAUGAUUCAGCUAAUAAGACUCAAACAUGUUUUCGUGAUAGAGAAAUUCAUAAUCGAUUAGAAAAACAUAGACGAGCACAUUUGAAAGAUUGUUUCGAUCAUUUAAAAACUGAAGUACCAUGUCAACGUGAUAGAAAAGUAACAAAUUUACAAAUAUUAAAUAUGGCAAUUAAAUAUAUUCAAACAUUAACUCGUAAAGAACGUGAAUAUGAACAAGAAAUUCAAGUAUUAUCGAGUAGGCAUGUUGAAUUACAACGUCGUUUGAAAAAAUUAAAAGAUGAACUAAAUCAAGAUGGUCAUGAUGUUGAUCAAUGGUUAGAUGCUUGUUCGGAUGCUGAUCGUUCAACGUCAACAAAUACUGCGAGUGAAGCAGAAAUGUAUCGAUCAUUUGACGGAGAUUUAGAUCAUUUAGACGAUGAUAAUCAUAAUCAUGAUGAAAGGAGAGGAAGAAGAACAAGAGAUAAUCAAGAUAAUGAAUCCACAGACAGUCUAGAAUUUAAUGAACAGUCGUAUAGCGUCGAAGACUUAUGUUUUCGUCCAGUACCCAAUUCUACGUCAACAGUUGUAAAACCGACUCAAUUAAAACAAAAAUCUACUUCCAAUCACAACCAUCAACUUCAAACAUCUCAUAAAACAUCACCUUUCACUCAUAAUAGUGACAAUAAUUAUUCAUUACAACAUCGUCGUCGUUUAAAUCUCAAUGAGCAGCCAGCGGCAAAACAAUCUUCAUCUUUAGCAUCCGUCUAUUCUCGAUUAUUAGCUACAACAGCCUCAACUACGCCGACGUCUCCAAACUCAAUAUCUCUGACCAGUAUUUCGGCUACUCAACCAUCAUCACUACCUCAGUCAACGAAUACAAAUAUUUUGAAUAUAGCCGUGCCAUCAAUACAAAAUGACAUCCGCUACGAUAUUGUAGACUUAUUCACAAAAGGUACAAUAUCUCCUCAAACUCAAUCGCAAAUGGCCCUGUCACAAAUUUCACCAUUACCCUCAAUAGCCAGUUUAAUGCGUUCAUCUUUACAAAAUUCUCCACAGGGUCAACAAUCAGCCGCAUCGCCCUCUGCUCCAUCACCAACAAUUCAAAAACAUACCAUAGGUAUAAAUACCGACAAUCAAUAUCUGAUUACACCUUCAACAAAUUUACUCACACAGCAACAACAACCAACAACAAUUGUUGUCUCACAAUUAAGAUCAACAUCACCGUCGACACAGCAGCAACAGUCACUUGUGGUGACAACGACUUAA